GAGCAAGACUUGAAAGACCGGGCAGAUAGUGGGAGGCGACAGAGCGGAAUGAGCUUCGAUGGCGGAAAUCGAAUCGAAUACAAGAAUCAAUCAAAACCCAGUUACAUAUGAAUGGCAAGAAUCUCCAUUCGAGAACUCUUUCGCUUCAGAAGUUCCAUUCUCUCUCAUCCCACGAUGGUCUCCUCCAAACCCAACAUCUCUUCUUCUUUGUUUUGCUCUUCUACUGAAGGUAGAAAAAUCUCUCGCUCCAAUUCUUGCCUUGCCCUCCUCAAGACAUGUCGGAACAUGAGACAGCUCUCUCAAAUCCAAGCCUAUUUAAUCAUUUCUGGUCUCUUUCGCAAACCCUUUGUUGCCAGCAAAGUUUUGAAGGUCUCUGCAGAUUACGCCGAUGUCAAUUACACUAUCUUGAUUUUCCGCAGCAUCGAUUCACCCGAUACCGUUUGUGUCAAUGCUGUAAUCAAGGCUUACUCCAUUAGUUCUGUGGCUCAUCAAGCUCUGGUAUUCUAUUUCGAAACGCUGAGAAACGGAUUUAUGUGCAAUAGUUUCACUUUCCCUCCACUGUUUAGUUGUUGUCGGAAGAUGGGUUGUGUUGAAUAUGGAGAGAAGCUUCAUGGGCAAGCUAUUAAGAAUGGUGUUGACAAUGUAUUGGAUGUACAGAACUCAAUGGUUCACAUGUAUGGUUGUUGUGGGGUUGUUGAAUGCGCUGAGAAGGUGUUUGGUGAAAUGUCUAAGAGGGAUUUGGUGUCUUGGAAUUCGAUUAUAGAUGCGUAUGCGAAACUUGGUCAUUUGGUUCUUGCACACAGGUUAUUUGACGCAAUGCCUGAGAGAAAUGCGGUUUCUUGGAAUAUAAUGAUGGGCGGUUAUUUGAAAGGUGGGAACCCUGGAUGUGCAUUGAAGUUAUUCAGAGAAAUGGCCAAUGCAGGAUUGAGAGGGGGUGAAACGACUAUGGUGAGUGUGCUUACUGCGUGCUGUCGGUCUGCGAGACUGAAGGAAGGAAGAUCCAUUCACGGGGUUCUUAUCAGGACCUUCUUGAAGUCGAGUUUAAUUCUAGACACUGCUCUGAUUGAUAUGUACAGUAAAUGUGAAAGGGUGGAUGUAGCUCGUGUAGUUUAUGACAGGAUGACAAAGAGGAAUUUGGUUUGCUGGAAUGCAAUGAUUUUGGGGCAUUGCAUUCAUGGAAAUGCUGAAGAUGGACUUAAACUAUUUGAAGAAAUGGUGGAUGGGAUACGAUCAGAAGAUGGAGAGAUCAACCUGGACAAGGGUAUAAAGAGAAUUGAAGGGCAAGGACUUAUCCCAGAUGAAAUUACUUUCAUUGGUGUUUUAUGUGCUUGUGCUCGUGAAGGACUGUUGGCUGAGGGAAGAAGUUACUACAGCCAAAUGAUUAAUACAUUUCACAUAAAACCCAAUUUUGCACAUUAUUGGUGCAUGGCUAAUCUCUUUGCUGGAGUUGGGCUAGUUCAAGAGGCCGAGGAAAUCUUAAGGAGCAUGCCCGAGGAGGAUGAGGAUUUGUCAUGGGAAUCAUCGUUCUGGGCUGGUUUGCUUAGUUCUUGUCGUUUCCAAGGAGAAGUGUUUUUGGGAGAAAGAAUUGCAACUUACUUGAUUGAAUCGGAGCCCCAAAAUAUCUCAUACUACAGAUUGUUACUUAAUGUCUAUGCUGUGGCAGGCCGAUGGGAGGAUGUUGCUAGGGUGAAAAAGAUGGUGAAGGAAAGAGGUAUUAAACAAAUGCCUGGUUGUAAUCUUGCAGACUUGAAAGAAAUUGUUCAUGAGUUCAAACUGGGAGAAAAAUGGCAACAGGGAAUGGAGGUAAACACAAUGAGGGGUGAACUGGUUCAGAGUUAAUAUUUGUGGAGCAUUGGUUCACUACAUCCACCACUUAACAGGACUUGAAAGGCUAGUCUCUUUUGCCAUUACAUGCAAAGAGGAUUAUGAGGAUGAGGGUGAUGUUGCUAAGGUGAGAUCAUUCUUUAAUGGCCUAAGCAAAGAAUUCACAUCAAAUAAGCAGUAAGAAAGUGGAUGAAACUCAAAUUGACAGCAUAUGCUCUCUCUCCCACCCAGGGAAUACAGGACAUGAACAUGAUGGAUGAAGUGCCUCGGUGACCCGGCUUGUCCUCAUUAAUAACUACUGCUGCAGAAGAGAAAUGAGGUGUUAAGCAAGUUUAUUGAUGCUAAGCGCAAUAAACAUCUUGAAUCAUUCAUAAUCAAUUUUUUUACUGAUUGAAUUGUAGCUUUGGAUGAUACUUUGAUUUGCCAUAUAUCUGGUUGAAAACCUGGUUUUGAAGCAGAAUUUGUUUGCUUCAGUAUCUAUUUGAGUUAGUCAGCAGGGGCUUUUUGUAGUUUACAUGGGUUAACAUGAAUUUGGAACCCAAAUGAUCCAUUCUAAUCUAUUGGCCGGCAUCUCUAAAAGUCA